AUGCAUAUGACUGGGAAAAUUAUUAUUUUAUUUAUAACAUUUGUGGGAUGUGAGAAAGUUUUCAAGAGCGUUCCGGUUGUUGUGAAAACAUACGAAAAUGAUACUGUGUUGCUGCCGUGUUACAUUGACGACUCGGAAGCGAAACUACGCGUUCGCUGGCAUAAAAACAAAGAACUACUGGGCGAUAGUGAGGUGCCUCAUCACCUGAUGCCGCCCAGGACGAGGAUGUACUCCAACUUCAGUCUGCAGAUUGAGCAACUCAAUGAGAAGGAUACCGCUGAUUACACUUGUGAGGUAAUAAGACAAGAACCCUGGGGCCCUAUUAGACAGACUCACACAGUUGAAGUACAAUACUCACCAUCAAUCAAGACUAUCCCAGAGGAAGGUUUCGUAGAGGUCCGUAAGGGUGAUUACGUCGACAUCGGAUGCGAAACCACUGGUACUCCCCAACCUAUUGUUGACUGGAGUAAAAAUAUACUAAAUAAUAAAAAUAACACAGUGGCGCUACAACCUUUGUUGUUGCUAGGUGAACUCAUGGCUGCAGAUAGUCCGGAUGUCAUUCUGUGCUCAACACCGUUCAUUAGCUGUCAAUCAAAUAGGCGAAUAAGGAACGCACCAGUAGUGACAACGGAUCGCAGUUUCGUCCACACAGCAGUUGGUCUUCGGGCGGUUUUGACAGCGAAACUGGAAUUCGCAGUUCCCCCAGCUAAAACCACCUGGUUCAGAGAUGGAAGGACUGUUAAAUUGGAUGAUAGAGUGGUAAUGAUGGUACAAGACAAUUUACAUCAGCUGAUAUUCCGAACCGUGCGAAAGUCGGAUCUCGGAAACUUCACUUUCCGCGCGGAAAACAAACUAGGCAUGGCCGAUGUAUCUUUCAAGCUCACGGGUGUCCCGAAUGUGGCAUCUUUCAAAGUGGAUUCUUCGUUAAACAAACCAACCCCCGUUACAUAUACUCUCUUUUGGGAGGUCGAUUCAUACUCUUCCAUUAUUGAAUAUAACUUAUGGCUGCGGCCAUACUACGGACGACUAUCGACAACAGAGCCCGAUGCGUUCACAACUAACGCUCCCGCUAAUCUGUGGAGCAAAAUCGUUGUUCCGGGCGAUUCAAGUGAUGGUCCGAUUCAUAGUGCUUCGUAUAUGGUGCGUGGUUUAACUCCAUCCACAGUCUACGAAGCGAUAGUUACUUCAAGAAACAGAUUUGGUUGGAGUAAGCCCUCAGCAACUCUACAUUUUGCGACUGAGCCUGGAUUUGGUAGAACAUUACCAUCUUAUGAAGAAACAGAUAUAACGCCGACUUUAGAGGAACCACAAAAAGAAGAGGCAUUCAAUAAACAAAAGCGCACAUUUUUGAAAGACUCGAUACGUCAAACGCAGCGCGCCAUAGUGCUACCGCCAUUUUAUUAG